AAGAAGAAGAAGAAGAAGAAGAAGAAGAAGAAGAAGAAAGUCACAUGAAACCCAUCUGACUGUAAUGUUAGUUGGUUUUUAAUAUAGUUUAUAUAUUUUGUGUCAUUUAAUUUUCAGUUUCAGACAUGUGACCAGUCAGAUGUUCCGGACCUGAGAGUCUCAGGCUGUUUCCAUGGAGACGCUUCGUUCCGUCUUUUUUCAUGUUUCUGUCCACAUUUGACCGCAGAUUAAUCAUGACCGUGUCCAGGUUACCGCCCGCGACCCUUUCUUUAAAACAGUUUCUACAGAGACAGCAGGUUCUGGGCCUCUACAGAACCAUGCUGAGGACCAUCAGGCAGGUUCCGGACGAGUCCGACCGGAAGUACCUGAGAGACUGGGCCAGAGACGAGUUCAAACGGAACAAAAGCGCCAGCAACCAG